AGGAGCAGAGAGCUGACAUUUUGAGAGUAGACAUCUGAGGUUGGUUGAAGGGAAGAACGAAGAAUGGCGUCUUCAUCAUCAGCGUCGGGAACGGCGGUUACGGAGCGGAGAGGGAUUCCGGGUGCUCAGUUCGUUGAAGAUGUUCAAACUUAUCUCAAUCAAUCUGGUCUUGAUGUCAACUCUGCCCUCGCUUUCCUUCAAGAAAGGCUUCAGCAAUACAAGUUAGUUGAAAUGAAGCUUCUUGCUCAGCAGAGGGAUCUUCAGGCAAAGAUACCAGAUAUUGAGAAGUGCUUAGAUGUUGUUGGCACAUUGCAUGCUAAGAAGGGUACUGGUGAGGCACUUCUUGCUGAUUUUGAAGUGUCAGAAGGAAUAUAUUCGCGAGCUCGCAUAGAGGAAACUGACUCGGUCUGUUUGUGGCUGGGAGCAAAUGUUAUGUUGGAAUAUUCAUUGGAAGAGGCUACUGCUCUGUUACAGAAAAACCUGGAAAAUGCUAGAGCUAGUUUAGAAGUUCUGAUUACUGAUCUGGAGUUCUUGAGGGACCAAGUUACAGUAACUCAGGUUACAAUUGCUCGCGUGUAUAAUUGGGAUGUUCAUCAACGGAGAAUCCAACAAGCUAUUGCCACGCCUACUUCAGAAUAGCAAAGAAAAAUUUUUUCCCCGCCUGUUUCAACAUUUGGGCAGCUGUACGUACCCUUUCAGCUGAGAGUACGAUUCUCAUCUCUGUUCACUCUAGUUUUUAGAUGGAUUGCUGUUACAUUUUCAUCCUUAUUCUGGUUUCACUACAUUAGAUCAUGGCACUCGAGAAUAGGAACCAGUUUUGAUAAGUGCCGAUUGAUUUACUGGUCUCUAUUUGUAAAAAUAGUACCAUUAUUUAUGUAGUAGAUCAAUGGGGCAUGCUUUGUUUGGUGUGAUCAUAUGGAUGACAUUUUGGAAUUUAUUUAUACUUUGUUGAAUUUGACAA